UGAAUAAGGCAAUAAACGUGUAACAUCAUACUUAUUGCAUAACUGUAAAACUGUAAAUUCUUGGUAGGUACAUUGUUUAAUUUUAAUUUUUGUCGUUGAUAACAGUUAUGAAUAACGAGUUCCGUCAUUAUUGAUCGUUUGCUGUUUCAGUUGGUUAUUAGUUGACCGUGUUGACGUUAACAAUUUUUUAAUAUUUUUAACCUUGUAAAAGUAUUCAGAAACUUCUACGCUUUUCUAAUUUGUCGUUUUUUACGUUAAGAACUAUGUCAAUUUUUCAAUUUUUUGGCAAGUACAUUUUGUACUUGUUUAAUCUUUUAUGCUUGAUUUCGGGUAUUAUUAUCAUAACAAUUGCAGUUCUCAUCAAUCAAAAAUUUUAUAAUUGGUCAAGUUUCAUUAGCAAAGAUUUGAUUACAGCCCCUCAAAUAAUGUUAGUUAUUGGAUUGAUUGUAUUUGCUAUUGCUAUACUGGGUCUGUGUGGUAUAAUAAGGGAUAGUGGAUGCCUUUUGAUUCUUUUUUCUGUGCUGCUUACAUUAGUUUUAAUGGGUGAAUUGAUUUUUUCGGGAGCUGUAUUGAUGAUGCGCGGUGAAAUCAAGGAGUUUGCAAUGAAAGAAAUGAACCAAACCAUUUCUAAAUAUAAUCAAACUGGUUAUGAAACGUCAACUGAAGCUUGGAAUAUCUUACAAUCUGAUGUGGAAUGUUGUGGAAUUAAUGGACCAAAUGAUUGGAAGAUAGUAACUCAUACUGAUGUAUUACCAGUAUCAUGUUGCAAAGCAAUUCCAGUAGAUUGGCAUUGUACAAAAACUGAUGCAUAUUUAACUGGAUGCUUUACAUUGUUAGAAGAUAAGCUUCAAGAAAAUAGUCAACUAUUAUUUUGGACUGGGAUAGCUUUUGCUGCAGUUCAGCUUUUGGCUGUUACAUUAGCGUGUUGUCGCCGUUGUUCUUUAUACAAAGAAUAUGAAACCGUUUAAGGAAUAAAUCAAUUAUAAGUGUUUAUUAAUGCUACAUUUUAAAAGAUAAUUAGGAGUAGCUUUUAUCUCAUCCAAUUAUUUUUUUUAUAUUAAUAAACUAAAUAAUAAAAAACCAGUUGUUUACUAGCUUGUUAUCAUAAAUUAUCUAAUUAUGUGUGUACUCUUUGGUCUCAUGUUAGAAAGCUUUAACUUUAAUUAAAAAAAUUACUAAUUAAUUUUGUAACUGUGCAAACGCACCAUUUGUAAUAUAAGAUUACACAACUUUAUUAUUAUUUAAUGUAAUUUUUUUUAUAGUUUUUCACUUUUGUUAUCAAUAUAUUGAAGAAGAUAAUUUAUGUAAUUAUUAUAAUUUAUAAAUUAAUAGCUGUAAUUUGUGUUUAUUCUAAGUUUGACAAAUCAUUAUAAUUAUUUCUAUAAAAUGUUUUUGGUUAGUAAUAAAUAAAAACAUUUUUUUACUA